ACGGUUUGUUUACAGUGGGCGAAUAGCGCCCAACCCGACGUAGAAACCAAUCUCGAUUUUGCCUCCAUUCCGGGUCAUUUGGAAGAGCUUGGCGCGAAGAACACAAAACGUUCUGUCGAAGUGAUUCAAAGUUUUCCAGACCCUGAAACAUUUUUCAGAACAUACGUGGAUGGAAGUAAACCAGUUCUGAUCCAAAAUGGAGCAAAAAUGUCGUCGGCAUUUGAAAAAUGGACGGAUGAGUAUUUCUUGUCGCUUCCCGAAUCGAGCGAGCACAAAAUCCGGGCGGAACAAAGAAAGAAGGAGAAGAGAGCAGUUCAUCCAGAGGAAAUGUCCUUUAGUGAUUUUGUCAAGACGUACACGGAAAAGGAUAUCUAUAUGGUCAGCAGUGUUCCUGAAUUUAUAAGGUGGGUUAUUGAAUUAAGUUUUGUUUAAAAAUCCUUAUAAAGGAGUUGAUUUAUGCGUUUUCACUAAGUUGAAUGACGAGCUAUUGUUGCACUCUGCUAAUAUCAUCGUUUACAGUUGACUGAUUUUGUAGUAAUAUUUUCCGUUUAGUUCCAAUAGGGUCACUUCUGUAGGGUCACUUUUGUGCUAAAACUUAAGUUGGGCCAACUUUUUAAAGUUUAAGUCCAUGUCCAUCCUUACCAUCUGUAGCACAAGCAAACAGGAAGAGUUUCAAUGCCUACAGUUAGCCUAUAAAACAGCCGAUAUUUCGCGACGCUACCACUGGUUUCCCCGCGACUGAAUGACGACUGAGAAACGAACGCAGAAAUUCCAUACUGAUGACGCGUCACUACCCAGAUCUGAGUAGUGCAUUUGAUUGGUCGUGCCGCGUGAGAAGUUUGCUUCAAUCAAUCAGAAGCACUUCCCAGAUCUGGAUAGUAACACGUCAAUAGUAUGGAAUUCUCCGCUCGUUUCUCAGACAUCAUUUCGUGGGGAAACCAGUGGUAGAAAUGUCGGCUGUUUUCUCAGACUGAAAUAUAGUCUAAAAUAACAAAAGUGGACCAUUAUUUUUGGAUGCCAAAACACUUUUUAGCUUUUUUGAAAGAUAGCAACAUACACCGAAAUAGAAGUUAGGCCACCGCUCAACCUCUCGUGGUACUAACUGUUCACAUAUCCCUCAGUUACGGGUUACAUAUACAAAACGAGAAAUUGACUUUUUUCACAGGGUGUUUUACGAUCCUAAGGGCUCCAAACGUCCUUUUCCAAAAACGCUAAGAUGCGAAAAUAAACCACCUCCGCAGUUUUGCCUCAUUGUUGGGUAGUUAUAGCACAAGAGCACUUUAAUUAGAAAAAAAACACUUAACCUUUUUUCCGCGUUAGUUUGUUCAGUGUAUUCAUUUACGUCUGUAUUCAAUCAUGUGUGUAUUUCUAGUCUAGCAACUAGACAUAAGCGCAGUAAAAUAAUCCUUGAUCAACAAUGAUUAUGGUCCAGAGAUGCAAGUAAGACCAAGUAAUGGCAAAUCCAGCAAAAAAUGGCCACGGGGUUGGCGUAAGUCCAAAAUUCAAAUAAAAUAUUAUUGCACGCAAUAGCAAACAUGGCAAAUGUCUCGAAAAAAGAAGCAGAUUCCUCUGCAUGAAAUUUGCCGUGCUUGGCUUGGGGCAAAAGGCAGUAAUUACUUUUUUGUUUUUAUAUCAUGUAGGAAAGAUGUAGUACUUCCUCCCCCUCUGUUGUGCAGAGAUAUCACAGAAGCGGACAUGAUAGCAGACGCGGUAAGUAAUAACCAGUUGAUAUCAGUGUAAUAUAACAAUAUGCAUUAUAUAUGUAUCAUCCCAUAGCUGCCACCUGCCCAAGUGAUAUGGUUGUGCGCGUGCGUAAGGUAUUGGCCAACAGGGGAUUUGCGCGGCUGUGUAGUGUGACCAUUUGGACCAAGGGUAAGGGAGCUUAAGGGGUUGGACCUCCGUGCGAAGCCUUUCCGUAUAAUUUUUUUGUUUAUCCCCCCGGGCUUAUUGAACUCUUUCAGUGUUAUUGUCCUUCUUACAGUAUAUUCUCUCUGAUUACAGGUGAUGUGGUUUAGCAGUGGAGGAACCAAAUCUGUCUUACACCUUGACGAUGGACUUGAUAAUAUCAAC